UAGGACGCGUUUUAAAUGUAAGCGGUGUAAUAUUCUACUUUAGUAUAACUUUAUCCCUAUGUAAUGACAUUUGUAUGAAUGAAACUUUACUUAAAUCGUCAUGUUCAAAGACUUGCGGAGAAAAUCAAUGUGACUUUGACAGUUAUUGUGGGGAGGACAAUCGCUGUCUGUACUGCGCUGAUGCUUUAUGUCAUUCACCUCCCCCAGGGUGCGAACUUUCAUGUGGGAAACGACACAAAGAUGACGAGCAGAUAUACUUCAAUCUUAAAGGAGGAAAAAAUCAAACAGUUAAUUCAUCUAUGAAUGAGUGUAAGACCUCAAAUCGCAUAUGGCCUCUGGUUUCUAUAGCUAUGAAUGUUAUACUUCUAAGCGCAAUUAUUUUCAUUCAAAGACAGUGGAUCGUGGAAAACGUCCCUAAAAUGAUCUCAAAAAUAUGGCAUUGGAAAUGUGAAUCAGAUGAAAAGAAAACGCUGAAGCCAAUAGUUGUGAACAAUACGAGCAAUGUGGAAGAACAGACAACAGCGUUACUAGUGACUGGCAAAGAUUACCCCCACUUGGAGCACAAUAUCUGUUGACAAAAUAUUAAUUAUAGUAGGACGAUAAACUUUUAUUUUUUUUCUUCAAGAAAUGAGCAUUUUAAAAUUAUCCAGGCGACAUAUUUACAACUUUCGUCUAAAAAUGCAAAAAAGAACUUUGGAAAAGUGGACAAGUUGAGAAAAGAUUGAAUUUGGAUAAUUUCAAAUCUACAGUUGAAUUUUUCGUAAUAUAUAUGUAAACUUCUCGUAUGUGCAUUUUUAGAUUUUGAUCUGAAAGAAAUAUUUUAGUUCCUGUAAAAAAAUUAUAUGUGUGAAUGAAAGUAAGUUCAUUCAUGUAUAUGAGGGUGUAAUUGUCUUAAGUCGCUGGUGUUUCUGCUUUGUUCGUUUUUAUAUUUUCGUCAUAUUGACGUUGAAGAAAUAAUUUUAUUUUUUUUUUUGAUAGUAAGAAAAAAGAAUAUUCAUCAAAGUCAAGCCUGAUUUAGAGAUUUUAUUCUCAUCAGAAUACGAUGGCUCACUUGCAGAUGACAGGUUUUCACUAUCUGAUUGUUUUUUUUUUUUUGUUUUUUUUUUUUGAUUUGUUGUUUUUUAAUCCCAGUUUCCUCGACUACUCGUGGAUUUCUUCAUCGCUAAGUGAGCCUUGAAUAAUUACAAGAAAAAAAAUCAUCUUUAUGUUAUGUUUGUACGAUGAUUCAAGUGGUUGUGAAGGUUGAAGUCCUUUCAUUGUUGUUCAGUAAUCUAGAGACAUAGAACUAGACAUAGAAUCUUGCUACCUCAUGGUGCUGCACAUUUUUACAUGUAAAUUAUAUUCAUUAUUGUGUUUCAGUGAACAAGCUAAUGCUAGAUCACAUCAAUAACAUAAAUGUUGUAUAUAACAUCAGGUCACGCACAGGUCAAUGGAUAAUUGUUGUUGUGAAUAUCAUAUUUCUGUGAGCAACCCCACCUUAGAUGGCACCAUGUGAUUUCUUAAUUUCACGUGACAAUUUAUAGUGGGAUUUUUAUUUUGAUGUCCAUCUUUUUGCUGUUAACCUAACUUAUUUUAUACUUUUUGCAUUACACUGCAAUUGCAUCUGCAAUGUAGAGAAUCAGCAUAUUGAAUGACAUUUCGUAUUGUGUAACGAGGUGUUGAUCUGACCCACUAUCAUGUUAUGUCUUCUUCUUUUUUUAUCAAUUUUA